AUGAACACCUUCUUCACCAUCUCCUCCCAUUUCCUCAAACCCAAAUCCAAAACCCUCCUCCACCCAAUCCUCCACAGCCUCACCUCCACCCGCCUCAUCUCCAAAUCCACCUCCAUCCCCAAGAAAAUGGACCGCGUCCGCGACCACGCCUACGACAACUACAUGGAAAUCGAGAAAAAAAUCCGCAAAGUCCUCAAAUUCCAAACCCUCAUUCUCUCCCAACCCAACCAAAUCAUCCAAGCCUCCCGCCUCGACCUCCUCGCCCGCCGCCUCGGCUUCAAACCCCACGAGGCCGCCGCCUUCGUCCUCAAGUUCCCUCACUUUUUCGAGAUUUACGAGCACCCGGUCCAGCGCAUCCUCUACAUCCGCUUAACCCGGAAAGCCCAUCUCCAAAUCGAGCAGGAGAAUCGGGCCCUCCAGGCCCAGGUCCCUGACGCCGUGACCCGGCUCCGGAAGCUGGUCAUGAUGUCCAAUACGGGUCGGGUCAGGCUGGAACAUGUUCGGAUUGCGAGGUAUGAGUUUGGGCUACCCGAUGAUUUCGAGUACUCUGUUGUGCUUAAGUACCCUCAGUAUUUUAGAUUGUUUGAUGCUGAUGAGACUAGGAAUAAGUACAUUGAGUUAGUUGAGAGGGAUGCUAGUUUAGGUGUGUGCGCUAUAGAGAGGCUUAGGGAGAUUGAGUAUAGGGAGAAGGGGAUUGAUGCCGAGGAUAUAAGGUUUUCGUUUAUUGUGAAUUUUCCACCCGGGUUUAAGAUUGGGAAGUAUUAUAGGAUUGCGGUGUGGAAAUGGCAGAGGGUGCCGUAUUGGAGUCCUUAUGAGGAUGUAAGCGGGUAUGACAUGAGGUCUCUUGAGGCGCAGAAGAGGAUGGAGAAGAGGGCGGUGGCGGUGAUUCACGAGCUGUUGAAUUUGACUGUGGAGAAGAAGAUUACGUUGGAGAGGAUUGCGCAUUUUAGGAUGGCGAUGGAUUUGCCAAAGAAGUUGAAGGAGUUUCUUCUUCAGCAUCAGGGGAUUUUCUACAUUUCAACCAGGGGGAAUCAUGGGAAGCUGCAUACGGUGUUUCUUAGGGAGGCGUAUAGGAAGGGGGAGUUGAUUGAGCCGAAUGAUUUGUAUUUGGCGAGAAGGAAGUUGGCUGAGUUGGUGUUGAUGAGCCCGAGGAAGGCAAAAAUGGAUAGUGAGUUGGUUAGUUACCAUAGAGAUUGGGGAGAUGAUGAGAGGGGGUUCAUUGGAAGAGACCAUGUUGAGAAUGCUUUUGAUGAUUUUGGGGGUUCCAAUGAUGAUAGGCAGGAGAGGGACUCGCAUAUAGGUGGUGAUUAUGACUCCGAUACUGACGAUGGUUGUGAUAGAACUCUGGAUGAAAAGGAUGUCCCUGCAACAGAUUGAUUCAUACACCAUUUGUAUUUGCACUUCGAAGAAUCACAAUCAUGGGAGCUGCAAUCUCCUAGUACUUGGAGAUUGGAGUCGGUGAGACUUUGAUCACCGUUUUGGCAGGCUGAGUUUUUGGGAUUGAAGGCUAUAGUCAGAAAAAAAAAAGUCGCCAAAGAGAGGUUGUUUUGAGUUUUCUUUUCUGGGUUUGAUUCUUCUUUCUCUAAAUGUAUCAAUGAUUGUUUGCAUUUCUGAUUUGGGAUCUUUUCUGGGUUUG